UGGGAUCAGGGUGCGAGCUGCAGAAGUUUGGCACAACGCCUGCUCGGCAGUCCUCUCAAGAGAUGGCAAGUCCUGAGGUAGUAAUAAGUAGUUGCAGUGCUCUUGAAGAUGAAAAUCGCUGUACUUUUAGCCAGCACACAUCUCCUUCUGAGGAGCUUCUACUAGAAGACCAGAUGAGGCGGAAACUGAAAUUUUUUUUCAUGAAUCCUUGUGAGAAGUUUUGGGCUCGAGGUAGAAAACCAUGGAAACUUGCCAUACAGAUUCUGAAAAUUGCAAUGGUGACUAUCCAGUUGGUCUUCUUUGGGCUAAGUAACCAGAUGGUGGUAGCUUUCAAGGAAGAGAACACAAUAGCAUUCAAGCACCUCUUCUUAAAAGGAUAUAUGGACCGAAUGGAUGAUACAUAUGCAGUGUAUACACAAAGGGAUGUAUAUGAUCAGAUCAUUUUUGCAGUGAACCAGUACUUGCAGCUACGCAACAUCUCAGUUGGGAAUCAUGCUUAUGAAAACAAGGGCGAGGAGCAAUCUGCUAUGACCAUCUGUCAGCGCUUCUACAAGCAAGGAAACAUCUGUCCUGGGAAUGACACCUUUGACAUUGAUCCAGAUAUUGAAACUGAAUGUUUUUUUGUAGAGCCAGAGGAACAUUUCCACAUAGGAACAUUAGGAGAAAAUAAACUCAACUUAACACUGGACUUUCACAGACUUCUAACGGUGGAGCUGCAGUUUAAACUGAAGGCCAUUAAUCUGCAGACUAUUCGUCAUCACGAGCUUCCUGACUGUUACGACUUUACUCUGACUAUAACAUUUGACAACAAAGCCCAUAGUGGAAGAAUUAAGAUAAGCUUAGAUAAUGACAUUUCCAUCAGAGAAUGUAAAGACUGGCAUGUAUCUGGAUCAAUUCAGAAGAAUACUCAUUACAUGAUGAUCUUUGAUGCCUUUGUUAGUCUGACAUGCUUGGCUUCAUUAAUCCUCUGCCUUCGAUCUGUGAUUAGAGGACUUCAGCUUCAGCAGGAAUUUGUCAAUUUUUUCUUCCUCCACUAUAAGAAGGAAGUUUCUGUUUCUGAUCGAAUGGAAUUUGUCAAUGGAUGGUACAUUAUGAUUAUUAUUAGUGAUAUAUUGACAAUCAUUGGAUCAAUUCUGAAGAUGGAAAUUCAAGCGAAGAGUCUAACAAGUUAUGAUGUCUGCAGCAUACUCCUUGGCACUUCUACCAUGCUGGUGUGGCUUGGAGUCAUCCGAUACCUCGGUUUCUUUCAGAAGUACAAUCUCCUCAUUCUGACCCUUCAGGCAGCACUGCCCAAUGUCAUCAGGUUCUGCUGCUGCGCAGCUAUGAUCUAUUUAGGCUAUUGCUUCUGUGGAUGGAUUGUGUUGGGGCCCUACCAUGAUAAGUUUCGUUCUCUGAACAUGGUCUCUGAGUGCCUUUUCUCUCUGAUAAAUGGAGAUGAUAUGUUUGCCACAUUUGCAAAAAUGCAGCAAAAAAGUUACCUGGUUUGGCUGUUUAGCAGAAUGUACCUCUACUCAUUCAUCAGCCUCUUUAUAUAUAUGAUUUUAAGUCUUUUUAUUGCACUGAUCACAGAUACAUAUGAAACAAUUAAGCAUUAUCAACAAGAUGGCUUCCCAGAGACUGAACUACGUACAUUUAUAUCAGAAUGCAAAGAUCUACCCAUUUCUGGAAAAUUCAGAUUAGAAGAUGACCCUUCAGUAUCCAUAUUCUGUUGUUGUAAAAAGUAACUCUCAGGGCUCUCCCUGGUGAUGCAACAGGUUGGAGCACAGCACUGUGAAGCUAUCUG